GCCCCGACUGACCACGAAAAUGCUCGAUUUUUGCUAUUUUAUGCCUGAAAAUGGCAUUACUGUUAGGCUUUAUAGGCAUUGUGUCAGUCGGGGUGGUCAGAGUGUACGCAUUGACAUUUCUCUGAGUGGAUUUUUGUCCAAAGCGUUCUGUGUAUUUCAAAGGGAAAAUAUUGAGUUAUUAAUCAUCUCUGUGUGUUGCAGCGUCAUGUAACCGGUGCCACUCACGUCGAUCAAGAUCAAAAAUGCUGCAAGUCAACCGCAAUCCGGCUCCUGAGAUUUUUAAGGUUCCACGGACACCGGAAAAGUCUCCCGUGAACAGUGGAUCACAUGGGAAUUCUUUCAACAAUGGGCCGUCUCCUGUGAAGAGUCCGGUUAAGAGGAGUGGAGAGAAUCUUUCUGCUUCCAGUUCACCGCGAAAGAAGAGGAAGAAUGGGGAACAACUGCCCCAGGCAAAAAAUCCCGUGGCACUUCUCAAUGAACUCCGUCAGGGUCUGACGUAUACACUGGAGGCUCAGACGGGUCCAGUGCAUGCUCCAUUAUUCACAAUAAGUGUUGAGGUGGACGGACAGACGUAUACUGGUCAGGGACGGAGCAAAAAGAUGGCCAGAUUGGCGGCAGCUGAGGCAGCCCUAAGGAGUUUCAUCCAGCUGAAAGAUGGUGCCAUCCUGUCGCCCCUGAAGCCCACCAAUAACGUGGACUUUACCAGUGAUGAGCACAUUGAAAACGGUACAUCAUCUGAUUCUGAAUUUGAUGAUAUUCGUAUUCUCAUUCAGCGUAGCUUAGAAAGCAUUAGUCAAAGUAAUUGUAAGCCGGACUGGUUGAUGCGAUAUGAAAAAAUGAUGCGCAGGAUGUCAGCUGUUGGAAAUCAAAAAGCCAUCCCUGAGAAAGGUCCUGUGAUGCUUCUCUAUGAGCUAUUUAAUGAUGUAAAAUUUGAAUGUGUAUCAUCGGAUGGGCAUCAGCAUUCGCGCUUCAAAAUGAUCGCUACGGCCAAUAACACCAAUUUCGAAGGUACUGGACCGUCGAAGAAGUUGGCAAAGAAUGCCGCAGCGAAGGCGGCACUAGCUGCUCUCUGCAACAUUUCCUACAGUCCAAUGCAGACACAACUGCCAAAAUCCACCGUCGCCAGCAUCAACUACAGCGACAAGGAAUGUCCUGAAUUGGCUCAAACAAUUGCCGAUGGUAUUGGAAAGUUGGUGCUGCAAAAGUUCACGGAGAUAAUGGUGGGUCAUGAGGUGUACUCGAGGCGUAAGGUGUUGGCUGGUAUUGUGAUGACAUGUGGUCCGGAUCUCAAUCAAGCAAAGGUGAUUUCAGUGUCGACAGGAACAAAGUGUGUCAAUGGUGAAUACAUAAGCGUAUCUGGCUCAGCAGUGAAUGAUUGUCAUGCAGAGAUUGUAUCACGUCGAUGUCUUGUUGAUUAUCUCUAUGGUCAGUUGAUGAUGCAUUUGAACGAUGAGACAGCGUCUGAUUCAAUAUUUGUGCGACCAACAAAACAUGGUGAAUUGUAUCAAUUGAAGGAUAAUGUUCAAUUUCAUUUGUACAUAAAUACGGCCCCAUGUGGUGAUGCUAGGAUAUUUAGUCCUCAUGAAGAAGAUGCCACUCUUGGUAUCGAUAAGCAUCCAAAUCGCAAGGCACGCGGGCAAUUGCGUACAAAAAUUGAAUCUGGUGAGGGUACAAUUCCCGUGAAGAAUAGCGAUGGUAUCCAGACAUGGGAUGGUGUACUGCAGGGCCAGCGCCUUCUCACCAUGUCAUGCUCGGAUAAGAUAGCAAAGUGGAAUGUGUUGGGUGUUCAAGGUGCACUGCUGGCUUCAAUAAUCCAACCAAUCUAUUUAACAUCAAUCGUAUUGGGUAGUUUAUUGCAUCCAGCACAUAUGUAUCGAGCUGUAUGUGGGCGCAUUGAGAAUUCAAUUCAAAAUUUACCACCACCAUAUCAGCUCAAUCGGCCCAAAUUGGCACUUGUAACAUCAUCCGAAAUGCGAAAUCCCAUCAAGGCGCCCAAUUUCAGUAUUAAUUGGACAUUUGGCAAUGCAGAAGUGGAAAUUAUUAAUUCUAUCACGGGAAAGACCAUUCACAAUAAAAUAUCACGGAUCACCAAACAAAGCUUCUUUGCCAGAUAUGCUAAAUUGAUAUCACAAUUGCCACUUAUUGAGAAACGCGCUACCAUUGAUUGUGAUUAUGGCGAGAUGAAGGCAUCAGUUCGAGAGUAUCAGGUUGCAAAGCAGGAACUAUUCACAGCAUUUAAACGUGAAGAUCUCGGUCACUGGCUAAAGAAACCCAUCGAACAAAAUCAAUUUAGCCUUCCACAAUGACUAGAUUAUACGAUAAAAAAUAAUAAGGAGGAUGAGGGAAAAGAUAAAGUAAUUUUAAUGGCUCAAUAUCUUCACAUUACACAAUUAUUAGCUUGUACAAUAGACCUUCAAUUAGUUGAAUUUUAUUUGCUAAAGCUCUUCUCCAACAUACUACUAUUACUAAAAUUUUACAGUAACCUCAUUCAUCUGUUACAUGUCACUGCAAUGGGAGUAACACAUGAAAUAGUUUGCUCAGUAGAUAUUUCUCUGGAAUAGAAAUCACCUAUUGGACUAUUUCAUAAAAUAACCACUGAUAAAGGCACCAAUAAAAGAUACACAGCACAAUAUUACAAAGCAAUCAUGAUGAGUAUAAAAUUGGUCAUUUUUUCUCAAUUAUGUCAUUUGCAAUUAUAAUAGUUUCACUUUUCUAAUUUUUCUUUUCUAAAUUUAUUUAUUAUUUUUUCUUUUUUAAAUGAGAAAUUGUCUUGCUUUACACCGUGUUCUCUAUCACAAAUUGAUUUAUAGAAAAUAAUGAGAAUUGCAUGAAAGAGGUUGUUACUAAGUUAAAUAAAUAAAUUGUUUUUUUAUUUUUCAAUUUAGUAUAUUUAAUAAAUGAAAAAAAAAACAAGGCUUAAUAUUUUGAAUCUUUAAAACUCAGAAGAUUUUUUAGGGGGCUUUAUAGAUGAAAAAAAAACAAGUGCGCUGUAAGAUUUUUAAAAGAGAAAAAAAGUGCAAAAUAUUCUUCAUUAGAUUGUGAAAAGUGACUUAUAGCCAUAAGUUUAUAAGUAGUUGAGUAAGUCAAUUGUAUUUGUAAAUAAUAAGUUUUGUCAAAACUACAAAGAAGCUUUUUUGUUUUUUGUUUUUUCUUUUUUUUGCCUUUAUUACCCCUUUUUCUCUCUCUCAAUAGGUUGUAAUAUUUAUAUUUCACGAAAGAAAAAUUAUAAAUAAAUCUCUUAGAAUUCAAAACAAUAAUAAGAAAUUCUUGUGCUUUAUAAAUAAAUUAAUAAUGAAAAAUAAUAGUGUAUUUGAAUAUUUAAAAAACAAAAAUAUUUCAUAUUGAAAUGCUUCUUAAAACAGAACUCGAAAAGAAUUAAAAAAAAAGAACUUUAGGAUAGUUUGCUUACUAUUAUUAUUUUUUUCUUUUCUUUUUAAGAAUAAUCCUUCAAAGAAGCAAAAAAUUAUCAGUUUUUUUUUAAUAAAUUGAUUUUUAAUUUAGAGAAAAAAAAAAGAAUUAUGAGUAUGAAGGAAAAAAUUCACCAAUUUUAUACACUGUGAUAUUGUGCGAAAUUUUAAGUUUAAUUUCUACUUUCAUAAAUUAAUAAAAAAAUAAAUAAUUAAUAGCUGCUAUGAAGUAAAAAAAAAUAGUCAAUUUGAGGACUUCCAUUCAAGAAAUUCUCUGAGCAAAAUCAAUUCUUGUGACAGAAAAUUAACAAAUAAACAGUUUAAAAAAACGAGAAGCAUAAUGAAAUUUUGUGAAUCAUAAUAAACUUUUCUUUAGAAACUUAUCGUAAUUGUUAAAAUGAGAAUUUUUUGAAAUAAUGUAGUUUUCAGGACAUUUACAAUGAAUAAUUAAAUAAACUGAAAAGAAAAAACAUAGAAAUUUAAUAAAAUAUCCUCAUAAUAAAAUGAUAUCUUUCCAGAAAAAAAAUUAAACAUAGCAUUAAAUUGAAAAAUAAAAUAGACGAAAUACAAAUUUACUACAAUUCAUUGAUAUUUCUUUACUUCGAAAGAAAUUUAAAAAAAAAAUCUUCUAAAAACAUCCUAUAAACUUACAAGGAAAGUAAACAUUAAAAAGUUCUCUCAGUAGAAGAUUUGAAAAUAUAUUUAAAACAAAAAAAAAAUACUUUAAAGUAGUUCUUGUAAAAUUCUUAAAUAAUAAAAAAAAUUAAUAUUUAAUAGUUUUCAAUCUUCUAAAAUCUUUCAAAACAAGAAAAAAAAGAGAAAAUAAACUCGAAUGUCGACUAUAGAGUGAGAUAUUAAAAAAAAAACUUAAAGUUAAGAUGCCCAAAGAAAAAAAAAAAGUUGAAAAAAAACUGAUAUAUAGAACUUGAAUUGCAAAUUCAGCGUAGUGAGAGUUUGAAAAUCAUUGAAAAAAAAAUUAGACUACUAUUGGAUCACAUAAUCAAUUUAAAUUAUUCUUAGAAAAUACGAAUGCAGAAAAAAAAAGUUCUAAUACCUUAGAGAAGACUCAAUUCUUAAUAAUAAACUUAAUAAAAUUACAUUACAGUAUCUUCAAAA